GGAAUAAGGUGGGAGGUAACAAGGAGGAAGAGAACAAGGAGGCAGAGAACAAGGAGUCAGGGAACAAGGUGGGAGGUAACAAGGAGCCAGGGAACAAGGAGGAAGAGAACAAGGACACAGGGAACAAGGAGUCAGGGAACAAGGAGGAAGAGAACAAGGAGGCAGGGAACAAGGAGGAAGAGAACAAGGUGGCAGAGAACAAGGAUGCAGGGAACAAGGAGUCAGGGAACAAGGAGGAAGAGAACAAGGACGCAGGGAACAAGGAGUCAGGGAACAAGGAGGAAGAGAACAAGGAGGGAGGGAACAAGGAGGAAGAGAACAAGGAGGCAGGGAACAAGGUGGCAGGGAACAAGGAGUCAGGGAACAAGGAGGAAGAGAACAAGGAGGCAGGGAACAAGGAGUCAGGGAACAAGGAGGAAGAGAACAAGGAGGCAGGGAACAAGGAGGAAGAGAACAAGGUGGCAGAGAACAAGGACGCAGGGAACAAGGAGUCAGGGAACAAGGAGGAAGAGAACAAGGAGGGAGGGAACAAGGUGGCAGGGAACAAGAUGGCAGGGAACAAGAACAAGGAGGGAGGGAACAAGGUGGCAGGGAACAAGAUGGCAGGGAACAAGGUGGGAGGGAACAACGAGUCAGGGAACAAGGAGUCAGGGAAAAAGGUGGAAGGGGACAAGGAGUCAGGGAACAAGGAGGAAGAGAGCAAGGAGGGAGGCAACAAGGUAGCAGGGAACAAGGAGGAAGAAAACAAGGUGGCAGGGAACAAGGAGGCAGGGAACAAGGUGGGAGGGAACAAGAAGUCAGGGAACAAGGUUGGAGGGAACAAGGAGUCAGGAAACAAGGUGGCAGGGAACAAGGUGGCAGGGAACAAGUUGGGAGGGAACAAGGAGUCAGGGAACAAGGAAUCAGGGAACAAGGAGGAAGAGAAAAAGGAGGGAGAGAACAAGGUGGCAGGGAACAAGGUGGCAGGGAACAAGAUGGGAGGGAACAAGGAGUCAGGGGACAAGGUGGCAGAGAACAAGGAGUCAGGGAACAAGGAGGAAGAGAACAAGGAGGGAGGGAACAAGGUGGCAGGGAACAAGGAGGAAGAAAACAAGGUGGCAAGGAACAAGGAGGCAGGGAACAAGGUGGGAGGGAACAAAGUGGUACGGAACAAGGAGGCAGGGAACAAGGUGGGAGGGAACAAGGAGGCAGAGGACAAGGAGCCAGAGAACAAGGAGUCAGGGAACAAGGAGGGAGGGAACAAGGAGGCAGAGAACAAGGAGGCAAGGAACAAGGAGGCAGAGAACAAGGAGGGAGUGAACAAGGUGGCAGGGAACAGGAGGGAGGGAACAAGGAGGCAGAGAACAAGGAGGGAGUGA